CUAUACUUGAUCACCUCCCCAACCAACCACAAAAAUAAAAUUAAUUUCGUUAUCCCUUAGCCACUCCAAUCCAACAUCUUCCAUUCUAUUCCUUCUCCCAUCUUUCGCGGGUAGUAUUGAGUAUUGAGUUAUUGACUGCUGAAAAAAUGAACUUAUUGGAUAAAUUACCCACAAUGCAGAAGAAAGAACCAGAAAAGUUGCACAAGGUUGAAGAAGUGGGUCCCCUUUGUUGGGUUGAAACCUCUGAAACAAUCUCCCGCCAAUUUCACUUCGACCCAGAUGGUCGUUUCUCCGUGAAAGUGCUUGAGGAUUCAAGACCUAUGUUUAAAAGGGUGACUGAAUCCUUCCUCAAUACAUUCUAUCCCUCUGGUUAUCCAUAUAGUGUGAAUGAGGGUUAUCGUAGGUAUACGCAAUUUCGAGCUCUACAACAUGUUACUAGUGCAGCAUUAUCGGUUCUCUCAACUCAGUCACUGCUAUUUGCUGCAGGCUUACGGCCAACACCUGCACAAGCAACUGUAGUUAGCUGGAUACUGAAAGAUGGUAUGGAGCACGUUGGAAAGCUGAUUUGCAGCAAUCUUGGUGCCAGGAUGGAUUCAGAACCAAAACGAUGGAGGGUUGUUGCUGAUGUUCUCUAUGACCUGGGAACUGGCUUGGAAAUUAUGUCUCCAUUAUGCCCACAUCUGUUUCUACAAAUGGCUGGCCUUGGAAAUUUUGCAAAGGGUAUGGCAGUUGUUGCUGCUAGAGCGACGAGAUUGCCACUGUACUCUUCAUUUGCGAAAGAAGGAAACCUCAGCGAUCUGUUUGCUAAAGGGGAGGCAAUAUCUACGCUCUUUAAUGUGAUAGGAAUAGGGGCAGGGAUUUCACUGGCAUCCACUGUGUGUUCGUCCAUGCAAGGAAAGAUGAUUGUUGCACCACUUCUUUCAAUUAUGCAUGUAUAUAGUGUAGUUGAAGAAAUGAAAGCUGUUCCUGUCAACACGCUAAAUCCACAGAGAACCGCUAUCGUAGUGGCUGAUUUUGUGAAGAUGGGUAGGAUAUCAACUCCAGCUGACCUCAGAUACAAAGAAGACCUUUUAUAUCCCGGGCGCCUCAUAGAAGAUGCCGGGAAUGUUAAAGUUGGAAGACCUCUACACAAGGUUGCCAAACCCUCGAUGUUCCAGAGAUGGAAAGAAAUCUUCCCUGAAGAAAAGUUCGUUUUGAGCCUAGGAAACAGAUGGACCGACAUGGUGUUGGAGCAAAAUGCCACUGGGGAAGAUGCUUUGCGAGGGUGGUUAGUUGCCGCGUAUGCUUCAAACACUGAGCAAUCUUUCGAUGAUCUUAACCCAAGUGUGCUGGUUCAGGCAUAUGAGAAGAUGGAGAGUGUGUUCCCCCAGUUUUUGUCUGAACUCCAGAGUAAAGGAUGGCAUACAGAUCGUUUUCUUGAUGGAACAGGAAGCCGUUUCACAUUUUAGGUAUCUCAACCUUUUUUGCUUAUAAUAACUAUUAAUUAUCAUUUUAUGGCCCUAUAUGGCAUAACACUUGUGAGGUGAGUGAUAUGAUGCAAUCUCAUUGCACUAGGAAACCCGAGCCAUCUAAACUGGUAAUGGGUCACUUAAUCUAGGAGGAAGUUAACAAUUAUUGCCUUUUCGCUUGUUAGAGGUAAAAUUAGGUAAAUGGAUACAUCCGGUUCUUAUCA